AUGAAACCGAGCCAGGUGACUAAAGCGAAUGAAGCUCAAGUGUGGGAUACUUCGUAUGGAGAUGAUGUUCAAAAGCCUGUGCGAUUUAAAUUUCAAGUCGGAGAUUGCGUCAGGAUUAGCAUAGUUAAGAGAAUGUUUGAAAAAUCUUACUUGCCUAAUUUUACGGAAGAAAUUUUUACUGUUUACAAGCGAAUGGCUCGUCAAGUACCCGUUUAUAAACUAAAAGAUGAUGCAGGUGAAAUCUUAGAUGGAACAUUUUAUGAGCCUGAAUUGCAGAAAAUUAUUAAGAACGAUGAUGUGUACCGCGUCGAAAAGAUUUUGCGGAAGAGAAAGCGUAAAGGAGUAGUAGAGUACCUUAUGAGAUGGAAAUGAUACGAAGACCCAAAACUUGAUUCUUGGGUUCAAUAAAGUGAUAUUUUGAAGUUGUAAUUUAUGCGUUUUUUGUGUAGUGAAUAAAAGAAAAGAAAAUAAUAAAAUGAAUGGUGUGUAGUUUCUAAUAAAUUAAGAAUACCCAGAUUAAAAAGUUCAUUUCAACACAGGGUACGAUGGAGGUAACACAGUUUCAACUGCAUCUCCCUAGCAAUAGCAGUCUUGAUAAAUUUCCUCAUAACACAUUAACAGAGUACCGAGUUAGUUUACCACAAACCCUAAACCUUACAGGCGAAUGGGAAGUGGCUUUGACCGAGAUCCAUAUUAUCCGCAUAGCUGGAAUAAUUUUCAGCAGUUUCGAUUUUACGUUCGAAAUGAAAAACUCCACGGCGUUUGGGACUCCCUGGAGAUGCUUCGGGUCAUUAUUCUUCCGUCGAUGGUGUCCUUCAAAAGAUGAAAGAGUUAGUGGACAAUCAAAAUCGGUAUACAGAUGA